AUGAUCAGUCUUUUCUCAAUCUGUCUGUUCUUCAUUCUAUUAAUUGCAGUAAGAUUUCUCUACAGUUUAUGGUGGAUUCCGUUUCGUGUGAAAAAUAUAUUGCAAUCGCAGGGACUUAAAGGCCCUGCUUACAAAUUCAUCUAUGGAAACACCAAGGAUAUUAUCGAGAUGAAGAAACAAGCCAGAAGCAGUCCCAUGGAUUUGUCAUCGCACGACAUAUUUCCCAGAAUCCAGCCUCACAUGUACACAUGGACGAAAUUAUAUGGUCAAAAUUUUAUUAUAUGGGAUGGUGCUAGACCUCAAAUUGUUGUUUCUGAACCUGAGCUGGUUAAAGAAAUCCUGAUCAAUAAAGAAGGUAAAUAUGGAAAAGUUAAACUCAGAGGUUAUUUGAAGAAGUUGUUAGGAGAAGGAAUAGUUGUAGCAGAAGGUGAAAAAUGGUCAAAGAUGCGGAAAUUGGCCAACCAUGCUUUCCAUGGAGAGAGUUUAAAGGAUAUGGUUCCAUCGAUGAUCGCAAGUGCGGACGCUAUGUUGGAGACAUGGAGAAAAUUUGAAGGCAAAGAGAUUGAUGUGUGCGAGCAAUUUAGGUUUCUGACCUCAGAUGUGAUAUCCAGGACAGCUUUUGGUAGCAGUUACUUGGAAGGGAGAAAAGUAUUUGAGACGCUAACAAAACUGUGUUAUAUAAUUUCCAGAAAUGCUCAUAAGAUUCGAUAUUUUGGCAUCGAAAAACUCAUUCGAUGGCAGAAUGACGUUGAAGCAAACGAAACUGAGCAAUUGCUCCACGAUUCGAUCAUGGCAAUAGUGAAGAUGAGAGAAGACGAAGUAAAGACAGGUCGAGCAGAUAGCUUUGGAACUGAUUUCCUUGGAUCACUCCUAAAAGUUCAUCAUGACAUGGAUAAGAAAAACAGAAUAUCAACUGAAAACUGUGACCAUGAUUAUUUAUGA